AUGACCCAAGUGGUAGCAGUCGCCGGGGAGCCAGUCUACCUUCCGUGUGACAUCAGCACCCAGGAUGACGUGGACGCAGUUCUCCUGGUGCUGUGGUACCGGGAAGACCUGGGUACACCUAUUUACAGUGUGGACGCUAGAGAACGAGACUUCGGAGUGGCUGAACGCUGGUCUGAUGAGAGUGUCUUCGCGUCCAGGGCAUACUUCCUGCCUGAAAGGAAACCAGCUGAAUUGGGGGUAGACAGAGUCAAGGCUUCAGACCAGGGGGUGUACAGAUGUAGAGUGGACUUCAAGCAAGCCCAGACGCGAAAUUCUAGGGUCAAUUUGACUGUUAUAGUGCCGCCAAGCAAAAUGGUAAUAAUAGACGAUAGAGGAGACGUGAAGCAAGCCAUAGUCGGCCCCUACGUCGAAGGGGAUUCGUUCACGUUGAAGUGUGACGUCACGGGAGGUCGCCCCCGGCCGUGGGUGAAAUGGUACCGGGACGAGGUGGAAACCGACACUCCAGCGAGCCCCCUGGCCGGCGAUGGGGUCCGGGGGGUCAUCCACGUGGGGCCCCUGACCCGUGGAGACGUGCGGGCAGCCCUAACGUGCAGGGCUUCCAACCAUCCGAGAGCGCAUCCUAUAGAAACGACUCUCACUUUGGAUAUGAACUUCCCGCCUCUAACCGUGCACAUAUUGGGGUCCAACCAGCCCCUCUCAGCCAGCAGGAGGUACGACCUUCUCUGUCAGAGUUCAGGGUCGCGACCUCCGGCCUCCAUCACUUGGUGGAAGAAUGGUCAGAGGAUCAACAAUGCUAAGGAAACCUUAUCAUCAGACGGAAACACAACAACUUCAACAGUUUCACUGCAAUUGACCAAAUCUGAUGCCGGAGCGAAAUUGGCGUGUCGGGCAUCGAACCCGCAAAUGGCCAAAGUUACACCACUCGAAGACGACUGGACAUUAGAUAUACAAUAUGUGCCGGAGACAACGGUAAGGUUGGGAACGAAUUUGGACCCGACAAACAUAAGAGAAGGGUCGGACGUUUAUUUCGACUGCAUCAUCCGAGCACACCCCUAUGUUUACAAAGUGGAAUGGAGACAUAACGGUAAACCGCUCCUCCAUAACGUGGGUCAUGGCGUGAUCAUCAGCAACCAAUCCCUGGUCCUCCAGGGUGUUGGGAGAAGAACAGCUGGGAACUACACUUGUGUGGGCUUCAACGCCGAAGGUGACGGAGAAAGCAAGCCUUUCACUCUUGAUGUUUUGUACGCACCCACCUGUAGGAGCUCCCAGCAGAGAGUGCACGGCGUCGCCAAGCAGGAGAGGGCUCACAUCACAUGCCAUGUCGAUGCCAACCCACCAGAAGUUGUGUUCCGGUGGACCUUCAACAACACGGCCAAUAGCAACGAGGUCAGUGACACCUACGUGUCCAGGGCCGGCACCAGUUCCACCGUCACGUACACCCCCCACACGGAGAUGGAUUACGGCACCUUGCUCUGCUGGGCCCACAACAGGAUAGGGAAGCAGAGGGUCCCAUGUGUUUACCAUAUCAUUGCUGCUGGUCGACCGGACCAGGUCCACAACUGCACGGUGGUCAACGCUUCCCUGACCUCCUUCGGGAUCCGCUGCUCUGAAGGGUUCAACGGUGGGAUGCCACAGUCAUUCCUGUUGGAAGUGCGGGAGAUCGUCUCUCAGGAAAUUGUAGCCAAUGUGUCCAGUGCAGUUCCUCGGUUCACUGCUGUGGGCCUGUCUCCUGGCAGGACCUAUGCUGCAGCAGUCCUCGCCUACAACGCCAAGGGUCGAGGGGAUCCUUAUCCUUUAAGAGCCAUGACCUUGAGGCCACCAGAGAAACAUCAUGUCCAUGACAAGAGUUUGGAUUUACCAAGAACAGCGUUUCAAAUGUCCGGAGCCAUGUCGGCUGCCGUCGGCGGAGGCGGAGUGCUGAUGGUAGUACUAGUACUCUUCAUGAUAGCUGUCAGACAGAGGUGCGCCAAGAGGAAACCCAGGUCUGCACCCCCACCGUCCUCGCAACCAGCCUCCCCGGACAAAUUGAGGGAGAAAGAUGACAGUGAGAGCGACGAUAGGAAUCCAGAUAUUAUACCAUCUGACACAGACCAGAUGCAGUUGGACUACUAUCGUCAACAGCAAGUGUCCACGAUCUCCCCUCCACCCGGCAGUAGAGGUCCCAGAGGCAGCGUUGCUGGGGUCAGAGGUGGUCUGCCAGGGUACUGCCCGUUGAGAACUGCCCCACCGCCGUCUCAUCCUAUGCAUGAGGCUUCGGACACAUUCCAAAACGCGCCAUCAGGCAUACCGCCGCCCGCUCGGUUCGCCGCGGGCUCAUGCACCUUACCUCGGGGGUCGACGAUCACAGUGCCCAAUGACAGCCGCUGUGGCAUCCCCCUCCAGCACCUCCGCACGUUACCGCGCCCCCUGCCUGCGCCCGCGCCUACAGCGGCGCCGCGCGUUACACCGCGCGACACGCCGCUCUGA